AUUAAAAAAAAAGUUUAAAUCAAUUAAAAAUUAAGUCUAUUAAAAAUGUUACAAAUGUCUUCGUCAAGUGACUAUGAGCGACAUAAAAAUAACAAUAACAGUAGUAGUAGUAAUAAUGGUAGAAGCAGUAGAAAUAAGAAAAAGGGUGCUCCAUUCAUGUUCUUUACAAAUAUAUUAAGGAAGAAGAAAGUACUGAGUAUUGAUGAGAUAAAAGAAAUGAAGACGAGAACACGAAGUGAGCCUUCAGUGGUCAGUUACAGCUGUUCAUUGCCUGUCGGACAGCCUUCUAUAUCAACAUUAAGUUUAACACCCGGGAGGAUAUUAAGUCGAGAUAUUGACCAUGAUAUGCAACAAUUGAGACUAUCUAGAUCUGAUAAUCCAUACCUACAAAAGAAGCUCGCAAGUCGAGACGAAAUGAAUAUGAUUGAUAUCGAAGAUAAUUUAGUAGACGAUGAUACAAUAUUAAUUCAGGACUUGAAUUCACAAAUCGAUAGUGGUUUCGAGCCAGAUCCAUUUCUCCUUCCAGACGUUCAAGAGCAUAUGAUACGUUCACCUCCACCAGUCUCGUGGCGUCCACACGGCAGCAGUGUAUUUAAUUUUCCACAUGACAACAAUAAUACAAUAACAUCGCAUAGUAGUGAUGAGAGUACACAAAGUGUACAUGGAUUUUACAGUGAGAAUUUUACGAAACAACCGUCGCGCAUUUCAUUUGAUAAAGUCGUUUGAAAAGUUUUUUCAUCUGUUUUACGGUAAAAUGAAGAACUAAAGUUUAGUUUUCUUUUUCCAAUUCCA